AUGGGAAAUCCUAGAACAGAGUUGGUUUCCAAGAAAUGUGCGCAACAUCAUGCACAAAGUGUUUCUCAAUUAAGUGAAAACUAUUCAAAGGUGAUAGUUUCAAUGCAAAAGACCAUGAGCGGAAACAAAUUCGCCACCGGGGAAGAAGGCCAGCCGCCUAACCGCGUUUACGUGUGUUGGGGCAAUGCAUGGAGGAUCUGUCUAAAAAUGAUUGUAAAAUUUGCUUCAAUUCUAUCAAAACCCAGAUCCCUGGCUGUUCCUUAUCACAGUGCCAGUGUUUAUUAUGAUGGUUGCUUCCUCAGGGUUGAAAACUAUAGCUUUUUCCAAGAAUCGUCUUCACCAGAUUAUGAUGUUACGAAGAAGAGAUGCAGCGAUGCGCAGAACGUUCAGGGCAACAAUUUUGAUCCUCUCGUCAAACAAUUGGUCAAGGAAUUGACGAAGGCUGCACCAGAAAAUCGAGGCUAUGCAGAAGGGCGGGCAACAUCAAAUAGUCUCUACGCCUAUGAUGCUAUAUUUUUGUAUCUUUCAGUAGCUCAUGGCACUGUUGGAGUAUGCUUAUUGGCAAUUUUGGUGGGAUAUUUGGUGGGUGCAACUAUUUCCCAGAGGCUACUCAACCACCAAAACAAACAAAAGAGAGUGGAGUUCGACUCAGAUAUCAAAAAGAGGAGCUUGCAUUUCAAAUAUUCAAGUUCAACUUUAGAAAAAGCAACUGAGAACUUCAAUGAAGCUGUCAAGAUUGGUCAAGGAGGAUCCAGAGAAAUAUUUAAGGGUACUCUACCAGACGGCAGAGAAUUUGCUAUAAAAUGGAUGUUUUUAACUGGAAAGCUUCAAAUUCAAGAGGUUUGCAAUGAAAUGGACAUUAUUGGACAAGCCCAGCACCCGAACUUAGUCCGCUUUCUUGGUUGUUGCUUCACCAAUGAUGACAGCUUCCUUGUAUAUGAAUUCCUUGCUAACAGAAGCCUCGACCAUAUCUUAUUUGGUACGCCAUUAAUUCUACUCUACAAACCCUGA